AUGCAUGCCCUCCAUUACACCGGCCUUGUGGCUCUUCUAGCCAGCACGGCCAUUGCUGGAAGCAUUCAGGACGUCAUUACUCUCAAGCCCAUCCCCAAGCCCAAAGGAUUGCAGGCCCGCGCUGAUGACUCGGCGGUGGCUCCCAGCAAGUCUAUCGGUCUCGACUAUGGUAACGACACCGACCCUCUAGUCCAUGUGGACCUUGACAUGAAGAGACCAACUGUGCUUCUGGAAGACGUCGCCUCCAUCGACAAUGUGACAUGCUCCGACGAUUCUAUUUCAGUCUCCUUCACUUCGGGGGAUGACUUCCAAGCUGCCGUGGCGACUUGGUCGAAGGAGACCGAUCUUGUUUUCUUCACCAACCACUUGGGUGGUUGCGAUACCGAAUCCGAGCGUGGCGUCUUCCUCGUCAACUGGAUCAGCAGCGACAAGGAAACCCUGACCGUUGUCGUAAGCGCCGAGAAGAAAGAUGUGGCUAGCACAGCUACCAACACCGCCAUCACCUUUGAGGCUGUGCCAGUUGCUAAGAAGCGCCAGACUGUUGCAAAGAGGGGCCUCGACGAGCGUGGUAUCACCGUCAACGAGAAGGGCCUGACUAUUGCUGGCACGAUCGGCCUCCCGAGGAACACCCCCAUCUACUCCUUCCCUCCCUACCUCGAGGUGUCAGCCGAUUCCGCUGAAGUCACGGCCAGCGUCACAUUCUCUGGCUUUUUGGACUAUGAUGUCCUGGGAGGCAAGCUCAAGCAGUUCUACGUCGACGUUGACUCCAGUAUCGACGCUGAGGUUGGAGUCACUGUUGCCGUUACGGCAGAAUAUCGCGACAGCUUCACCUACAGCCCCGGCGAGCUCUCUUACUCUAUCAUCGACGUUCCGGGCAUCAUCACCCUCGGCCCGGAGCUGCUCUUCGCCGUCGGUCUGGACAUCGAUGUUGGUGCUGGCGUCACUGUCACUGGGUCCGCCGGUGCCGGUCUGAAAAACGGCAUUAUUCAUCUCGAUUUCCUUGACAAUACCAAGACAAGCGUCACCCCCUGGAAGCCUGUCUACAACGCCAAGCUCGACCUCUCCGAGCGUGCUCUCGCCAAGGCCGACACCUGGAUCGACGUUACAUUCCAGCUCGUUGUUAAUGCCCUGGGCGGUGUCUUGGACUUGAGUGCCGGCCUUACCGCCCGUCCCCGUUUCAACAACGAGUUUGCGUUCACAGCAAGCCAGACUAUUGGAGCUGAUGGUACCGUCACUCAGCCCAACGACCUCGAUUGUGCCCAGGGUCUGAGCAUCAAGACUGACUUCUCUUUCACCCUCUACGCUUUCGUUACAAGCCUGUGGUCCAAGACAGUCUAUAACGUGUACAUCCCUAUUGCUGAGGAGUGUUACACCUGGCUUUAAAUAUAAGGGAGUCAAAUAUUGGCUCAAGGAUGUGAUAUCGUGGCUUCGACUAGCAUCGCUGCAUGAGCUCUCGGUAGCGUACAAAUCUAAAGGCCAAGUCGAGGAAGCGGUCAAGUUGCUGGAGCACGUAGUGGCGGUGGAGGCGAGAAGAAGAUGAUGAUGAUGAAGAAGAUGUAUUUUACGCCGGUGGGAACUCGG